UUAUUGCAGGGCACCAAGCAAGGGAGUGGUCUUUGGGAUAGGGAUAUUUUAAAGCGGAAGAACAAGGAAACUGGGUUUAAUCACAUCUUCUGACAUUUCUUAAUCAGGGUUUCGGGAGUCAGGAUGUCUCUGGUUUAUGAUUCUCUGGCCAGGUGGUCCAUGACUCGGGGGUCUGUGAGUUCAUCUUGCCCUAGAGAAACAAGCUGAGUUUAUAUGUUAAUGAUGAUAUCUAUAACAGCAAUUUUAGUACAUUUACGAUGUUGUCAACAAGUGCAAUCUUAGUCAUCUGUUCUGGUUUAUUAGUGUCCAAUUAGCACAAGAUUGAGGUCAGAGAGGACAAGAAAGGGAUUGAGGUCAGAGGAGACAAGCAAGGGAAUAAAGUUUUGGCUAGAUUAAUCACAAACUCAGUAAGGGAACUUGGUUUUAGGGGGGCUCGGUUUCAUAUUUGUAUUCCUAUAAAUAUUCUUGAGUUUGUUCUGGUAUGUAGUUAAGUUACGUAGUAAGUUUGAUCUUCUGACUUCUAAGAUUUGGUGGGCAACACUAGAGCAGCGUUUAUUCUAGGGUUAAUUUUUCCCACUACUUGGCUAUGCUCUUCGGAGUACUCUAACCCGAUAUUUGUGAAUUAUGAGGUUUUCCGUUCUCACUGAUGGAAACAGGCAUUAUUCCUGGCCCUGUGUGAGCUCAGCUUACUGUUCCCACUGAUGAUUUCAGGUGAUUCUUUCUUUUCAGACUCAGACCCAGGUAGUCUCUCCUCACUUUGCACUGGAAACAUCACAAAUGUACUCUAGCAGGUGAGAAAAGAUGGUGGCAGCAGGGCCUUUAUAAGACUUCCAUGGCCCCAGGGUACUCCGACAGUGUAAGACCCUAUGCCACUACCUACUAAGCAUCUUAAAAUGUACCCCAUGUUCGACAUUAAAUGCCUUUUUUAAACUGUAACAUUUGAAAGUCAUUUUAUAAUUUGUACCGUUUUUAGUUUUAUAAAGUAUAGGUUGCUUGUUCUUUUCUUAUAGACUUAAACAUUAUGCACGCACAGAGUGGAGUUGAUAAGUUGUAAAUAUUUAAUUAUCUUGAUUUUGUGGGGGGCUUUUUUUAGUCAAUAUUUUUGCAAGUCUCAAACAUUUCUGCAGGCCCUUGAAAAAUCUCAUAGGCUCUGGGCACUGUGCCUACAGAGCUCCUGGAUGGGAGCAGGGGGAGUAGAGAGGAAGGAACAAAUUGGACAGCAAGGAUUGGAUAAUACUUGAGCUGCAUCUGAUUGGAGGGGAGGGAAAAAGAACUGGAGAAGUUGUUGCUCCCUACACAGCUAGCUUCAGCACAACCAUUUGCAGAGAUGGAAGAGCCAGGGGAAGGCACAAGCUGUAGGAGAAAGGGUGUAUUCUAUUUGGGACAGAAAGACAGCCACUCUCUUAUCAGGAGGUGAAGAAAGGCAACAGGGUGCCAAAUUCCUUUCCUUUUGUCAUAGGGCACAUCAUCUUGAGCUGGUCUGGAAGAUGUGAAUAGUCAAUACCUCUCUCUGCUAAUACCCUUAUUAAUAUGAAGAGCAUAUCUUAGAAAUGUGGCAAUAAGGAAGAUGCCAAUCUCUAGAAUAAAUAGUUCCCAUAGGCUAAUACGCUAAGGAGGAUGAUCAGCUGUCUUAUGAUAACUUCCCCUUUUUCGCAAAAUACCUCGACUUCCUUGAUCAGUUUUUCAGAAUUUCAUAGAUAUUUCCAGCACCACCUUCUGUGAUGACAUCUCCCAAAGGAAGUCGAGCCCAGAAGCUGAAGCUGCCCACUUUAACACGAAAGGGGACACUGGAGGUGCCGUCCCCUACAGAGAAGGACUGGUCUAAGGAUGAUGAAGAGGAUUGGGUCUUCAAGGGUCCAGAUCAAGAGCAGGAUUCCCUACCUCAGCCUUAUCGAAUGAUCAACAAGCUAGUGAACUUUCUGUUUGACCACUCGUGGGAAAUUAUUGAGGAGAGGGACGCAUUGAGGAAAGCUGAGCUCAGCCGCAUCCAGCCCACCAUCUACCCUCCACUUCUAGAAAGCAAGCUCAACAAAAUGCCAAAUUGUAUGGCUAUUUCCCAAGACUAUGUGUUUAUUGGAGGAACCAAAGGAUUCUCCAUCUAUAAUCUGUACAAUGCUAAACGAAUAUAUGUUUGGGAGAAACUUAAGGUUGAUGUCACUUACAUCUGGGCCACAGAUUUGGGGAGUGAAAUACUUAUUGCUUCUGUGGAUGAAAUGGGUAUCAUUAGACUAUUUUAUUUUUAUAAGGAUGGUCUUUACCUCAUCAAAGCCAUCAAUGAAGUGGAUGAUACCAGCAAGCAAACCACCUGUAUAAAGAUGGAGAUUUCUGAAGGAGGGGACUUUGCAGCCUUCCUCCUACAAGGAGCUGGGGAUAUUUGGCUGGAUGUGUAUAAAUUGCCUAAGGAGUCUUGGCUCAAGGAAGUGGAGCACCCCCAACUCACCAUAAAUCCAAAGAAAAAAGUCAGACAGCUGCAACUGAACACUCUUGAUCCCGUGACUGCAGAUAAUUUAGAAACGGAUAUAAACAUUUCUUUUAGAGGAGAUGUUAAGUUGAGUCUUCCAGUUUACAUAAUGAAAAUCAAACCACCCAAACCAGUUGCAGGUACCACAUUUAAAAGCCCCCUGGAAGUCUUUGCAAAGAUAGAGGACUGCUGUGGGCUGGGCUCUGGGCAGAAUCACUUCAUCAAGGACAGCCAGUGGAAGCAGCAGGAGGCAAUCUUCAACGCCACCUUCAAGAAGUACCUGGAUGGGGAGUGGGAGGAGGAGCUGCUCAGUAUGGCCACGUUCCACUUCCUUCUUCCUAGCUGCAUAACUGCAAUGCCAGUGGAAGUUAAGAGCCCCCCAGGGGUAGCCUGUGUCAUUGGCGUACACUGGACUGGAAGUCACAACUUCUUCCUCUAUUCACUUAACCGAACGCUGAAGGAUAAAGUUGAUCCCGAGGGCGUGUGGCCCUGUGCCGCACCCAUUGCGGUGUCUCAGCUCAGCUGCUGCCGCUCUUACCUGGUGCUGGCCUGCGAGGACGGUGUGCUCACACUGUGGGACCUAGCCAAAGGACUCUCUCUUGGGGUCAUCGCUCUUCCUGAAAGAUGUCUCUGCCAAAGCAUUCACUUCCUGAAAUACUUCUUAGUCCACAAAGGACAGAACAUGUAUCCCGAGGGGACAGUGAAAUCCCAAAUGAAAUGUGUGGUACUGUGUACAGAUGCUUCUCUCUAUCUGGUGGCAGCCACGGGGACCCAAAGACCCACCCUCAGUGUGCUGGUGGAGAGCCCUGUGAAGCACCUGGAUGAAGCCAUCUGUGCAGUGGCCCCAGUCCAAGCCUUACCUGGCAUGGUGCUGAUCUUUUCCAGCAAUGGCUCUGUGCACCUCAUGGAUGUGGCCAAGCCGCAGAUUGUCUGCGCCUUUGCUCCCCCAAGGUCCUACCACCUGGCGGUCCCCUGGAAGCCAGUGUUUGUCGUGUCUUUACACCACCCGUGUUUCCUGCUCCGAGGAGACCAUCCAGAUGAAAUUGGAUCUGCCAGCCAAGCCGAGGACAUCCCAAAUUCUAUUUUCUAUUUUAAUUUCGAGGCCUACCCACUCCUGGAACAAAUCUCAAGAAAUUGCACCAUUCCUCAAGCUAAUGUGUUGGAUGACACAAAUGUCCCCCAGGUGUUGCCCUUGGAGGAAAGAUGCGAGAAUUUCUUCCAAAAGAGGUUUCAGAAGCUGGUGAAGAACAAGGUGAAAGAACAGGAGCACUGGACCCGGCUUCGGAGGUAUUCCUUGCUUCUCCAAAGAGAGAACCUCAAGAAGUGACAGGGCUGCCGCCCUGGGCUCUCUGAAAAGGUUGGCAGCAGGCAGGCUUUGCCCUGGAAUGCUGUGAGGUCAAGAGACACGGCGACAAAGGGCUGCAGCUCAGUAGGCCUAAGGGGCCUAGACUUGCAGUCUGGGACCUCUGCAGAGCCAGCAAGGGGAGAGGCCCAGUUUGGGGGGCCUUCAACCACUAAGCCACCUGUUGGAAUCCUCAGGCGGGCAGACGUGUCACCUAA